CCAAUGAGCGGGAGUCCCUUGGGGCCCGGCGGCAUGUCCCUGUCGUCCACGCGGCUCCUGACCACCAGCACCACCGCUGCCACCACCGCCACCACCGCCAGGGCUACCCACACCAUCCUGCUGGGAAGUGGAUAGCUGGUGUUGUUUGUGUCGACUGUCGAGGCGGAGGUGGGAGGAGCCCUGCACUCUCUGACGGCCCUCAACCACCAUGACCAUCUUCAGCCUGUACAUCCUUAGUAAGUCAGGCGGACUGAUCUACCAACACGACCACAACUUGCCCACUAUUGAGAAUGAGAAGACCUUCAGCUUCCCCUUAGAGCUCAAACUUGACGUGCAGAACAGGAAUAUUGUCGUCUCCUUUGGCCAGCGGGAUGGCAUCAAAGUUGGUCACAUGCUGGUGGCUGUCAAUGGAUUGAAGGUGACAGGCCAGCAGCUGGAUGAUGGCCGUGAUGCUCUGCAGGUGCUGCAGGAUGAGGCCAACUAUCCCAUCAACCUCAAGUUUGCCCGACCCAGACUCACCACCAAUGAAAAGAUUUUCCAGGCAUCCAUGUUCUACCCACUGUAUGCCUUGGCUUGCCAGUUGAGUCCAGAGCCAAGGAGUUCUGGCAUUGAGGUGCUUGAGGCAGACAACUUUAGGAUGAACUGCUUCCAGACUCUCACAGGUGUAAAAUUUAUGGUGAUCUCAGAUCCCAAACAAAGUGGUGUUGAUGCACUGCUUCACCGAGUGUAUGAGCUGUAUGCUGACUUUGCUUUGAAAAAUCCUUUCUACUCCCUUGAGAUGCCCAUCAGAUGUGAGUUGUUUGAUGAACACCUCAAGACUGCCUUGGAGCAAGCCGAGCGCCAAGGCUUCAGCAACGUGUGAUCUGGUACUGUUGACAUCUUUGGUAGUGUUGUCAUGUAUUGACUCCUCCACCUGCUGCUUGUGAUUACUGUUUAAUUUGGGGAAAUUGGUAAGAUGUAUGAUCCAUUUAGCUGUCAUAAGGUUUUCAAGUUCAUUGUUACUGUACUUUACUGAUUGAUCAAAAGGUUCUUUGUCAAUCAGUGCACACCUGUAGAUAAAUUUUCAGGAAUUUCAGAGGGAAAUACGGUAUACGUAAGCAUAAAAAUCAAGUGAGUAAGGAGUAUCAUUCUGUGCUAGACAGCUAAGAUCUUACAGCAGAAGUGGAGCAUACAGCUUUGAGAUGGUAAUGUGGUAGGAUUGUGAUGGUGUCACUUUUCUGGUCUUAUCAAGUCAUGCAGCAAGUUUAAUGCCUUACUGAAAGCCACCUGCUUCCCAUAUAAGUGCACAAGAUUGGUUUGCUUUACUGUUAGAGGGAACUCAUGAAGUUCCUGUGCCAACAAGAGUAGUACUUCAGGGUUGUUAUGCAGGACUCGCUGCAUUGUUUCCAUCCUGUGAUAUUAUGUCAGAUUUAAAAUGACUAGCAUAUGAAUUCUGUGUUCUGUAUACAUUGCAUUACACCAAGCCUGGUCUGAUCAUUUUGCCUCCUAAGAACAUGUGUAAGUGGUGAAAUUACAAUGGCAAACUUUGUACAGUGGAUAAACAUUUAUUUAGUGAACCAAUUUCAAAUUCAACAAUGUUACUUAACAGAGUUCAGUUUUAAUCUUGCUUGAAUGAGUCACAUUACUGUACUAAUGAUAAACUUCUCCUUGAGGGUGAAAGGAUAAAAAAAAAAGUACAACAGAGCUGUAUAUAUGUAUGUACUAUAUUAUAUGUAUUGUUGAUUAAUGAAGCUUCAUGUUCUUACAGGAUGUCAGAAUUAGACUAAGAUUAAUGAAAGAAAACAACCAGAAUGACAAGUUAUGGCACUCAAUACCAGAAUAAAGAAACAAGAUAAAAGAGAGAAGAAUCAUUAUGUGGAUACAGAAAUUUCCACACAUUUUAACAGCUCUAAAGCCAGGGCAUCCCUUGACAAGCUUGCCAAACCAUCCACAGGUACAGAAGCAAAUGAGUUUUAAUUUGCUCCUUAUACUCUUAUUCAAUACUAGGAAAUGGUAGCCUUGAAUAUUAUCUUCCUUAUUAAGAAGUGAAAGGAGGGAUCUAUUUUAAUUCAAUGGUGAAGCAUUAAGGUUUACCCUUCAUGCAGGGCUGAAGUAGGUGAGGGGUAUAUACUGUACUUGGCAAGGAAAAAAAAGUGGUUAUAAUUAUGUUGGUAAGAUUACUUCUCAGUACUUUGCAAAACAAUAUUGAUUAUCAAGGGUAUACAGUAAAUUAUGUAAAAUUAGGCAAACAUCAUUUCACUCAAAAGUAAUUGAUGGCCUAUUCAAAAAGUGCCACAUCUUGGUGUACAUUUUGUAAGUUCUAGCUAAUGUUCUUGAAGGGGUUUUUGGACUCAUACACUUAAGUUGUUUGUUGAAAAUGCUUUUGAUACAUUUUACAUAAUGGCCACCAGAUGUUAUGUUCUGCAGAUGUUUCUCGGAUCUCAAAUUGGGACCUUUUCAAUGUGGCCUCCACCUUGCAGAAUAACUUAAGAAGCCAUGUCUGAAGGGUAGGGACCUUGGCAGGUUUAGUACUAGGCCUAGAAAUCCUGGAUCAGGUGCAAAGAAUGGGCCAGAACAUUAUGAUGCAGCUGCCAAUUGCACCUUUACAUCUGAUCCAAGAUUGGUUCACUGCAUCUCCUACUCUCUUGACAAGGGUCCCUGUUAUAUUGAGCUGUUCCAUAAGCAGAUGGUACUGAAAAUAUUUCAGUUUGAGGGCUGAGGAGACCUCAGACUGAAUGUUACUGUUCUCCUGAUAGCCAAUACAGGACUGAAUUUAAUAAAAAUGUUUCCAGCAAUGAAAAAACUUAUUAAAGUGAUGUAGAGCCACCCAGGGUGCACACUGAGAGAAUAAUCAUAGUUAAAACUAAGAUAUUUAAAGUCACUUAAAUCACUGUUAGGUCAGUUUCUUUUUGACAGACCUUAAGAGCAAAAUGUUGGACAGCUAGAGCCUGAGCUACUAUUUUAACCUUGUUGCUGAUUGACUGAGCCCAAUCUUCUGUUUAGCAUAAUCACUUGCCUCUCCAAUCCAACAUUUCUUUAUUGUUGGACAGAAGAAUGUUUAUGGUUGAAUGCUUGACAAAAUCCAAGGUCUUAAUAAACAAAGGUAAAGUAUCAUGCAAGUUGAAAAUGUUAAUUUAAUGCUGCUAUUUUCACUAUUUCCAUUCUAAAAUUCUCAAGAUGAUGCAGCUAGAGCUGUAAGUGCAUGACAAUGGUUUGGCAUCAUGACAAGAAGCAUGCCUCAUGCGAGCAACUCAGGAUAAAAAGCUAAUUACCACUCUUCCUUUCUGCCAGUAAUGGAAUCAUAAUCAGGCAAACUUUAUAUUAUGUACAGCAUUAUGAUAAUAUUAAGGGAAUCCCUUAACCCCUAUAGGAUGGAUAGGCUGAAUAUCUCUGCCAUGCAGUACUGGAUAAACUUAAUUUUCCACAACAUUAACUACUUCAGAGAAGAGUAGUGAAUGAAAAUGUAUAUACAUUGUAACCACCACUCACUCUUCCUGUCUCAUUUGAACUCUGUAACACAAAGUCAGGAUGCCUUGGUUACCAAGAUACAGCUGGAGUAACUUAGCUUAUUGAGAGAAAUAGAAUGCAUAUCAAAAUAUUUUUAAGUGUAGCAGAGAUCACUACUUACCCAUCCUCUAGGUGUUAAAAAAAACAAAUCUAGUAAUAAAUUCUUGCUCAAAACGAUGAAGAGGAGGGAAGAGUAAACUUGCACUAUGGCAAGCCCAGUCUCUAUCUUAAAAGUGAGAUAAGCUAACAAAGUAGCAGAACAAUCAGCCACAAGGAUAUAUUAGUGGCUUAGACUCCAGUUACAAGUUAUGAUUGAAUGAGCCCCAUGGGUGAGUAGAGGGUAUCUUGAGGAUAAGAAUCACAGAUGCUUUGAUCUAUAUCAUUCCUAAUAGGAUACUUGGUCAUUGAAGGUUAUUUACCAUCACAUCCAUUGCAAUGUGUGGGAUGUGUCUGCAUUGUCAUAUUUUGUAUAAAUUAAAUAAGAAAAAAAAUUAUUGGAAAAGUAAUAA